CUUCUCCUGUAGGCUGUGCAUCUCUGCUUACCCAGCAUGCUUGUACUCCGCUACUGGAAGUAACCUGUCACUUUAAAAGAAAAAAAAAGCCACUGAGUGACCUUCCUUAGGAACGGGUUGCUAAGCUGGUGUUUUUGCUCCAAGACAUGGCUGCAGCUUCCCAGGGAGGAGCCCAGGGGCAUCUCCAACAUUCAACCUUUCCCUCCGGACCCUUUUAAGAGAUUUCAACAGCACCGUCUCUCUCCACUGCCAUCCUAGAAAGCAGAAUCUGCAAAGUGCCUUUUGUAAAGUUUCUUAAGGGACCCAUCUCAGCCAAAAUGAAUCCCAGGGAAGAAAAAGUGAAAAUAAUUACAGAGGAGUUCAUUGAAAAUGAUGAGGACGCAGACAUGGAAAGACAGAAGAAGAACUCAAAGUUUCGAAGACAGCCAAGAAAGAAACAGCCACCAACUGCUGUCCCCGAGGAAAUGGUGUCCGAAAAGUCCCACCUUGGCAACCAGGAGGAGCCUGUGCAAGAGGAGCCCAAGACCUGCCUCCUGAGUAUGACAGCCCAGAGAGGCCCACGGAGCUUACCUCCAAUUCCUUCAACUUCCAGAACAGGCUUUGCAGAAUUUUCCAUGAGGGGACGCAUGAGGGAGAAACUGCAAGCUGCCAGGUCCAAAGCAGAAAGUGCAUUGCUGCAGGAAAUCCCCACUCCUCGGCCCAGGCGCUUACGAAGUCCAAGGAAGGAAGAACUUGAGACUGAAUUUGGCACAGAGCCAGGGAAGGAGGUAGAAAGUACUCAACAAGAAAUUGAUUCCCAAAGUCAUUCAAGAGUAAAGUUCCGUGAUUCUGCACGAAAAAUCAAACCUAAACCUCAGGUUCCACCUGGCUUCCCUUCUGCAGAAGAGGCCUAUAACUUCUUCACUUUCAACUUUGAUCCUGAACCAGAGGAAUCAGAGAAAAAACCAAAAGCAAGACACAGAGAGGGAACUAAUCUAAAGGAGGAGGAAGGGGAAGAAGAAGAGCCACCUGCACACAGAGGAGAAAAGGAAACGGAUGAGGAAGAACUCCUUAAUGGUGAUGAUGCCGAGGACUUCCUGUUGGGCUUAGAUCAUGUGGCUGAUGAUUUUGUAGCAGUCAGACCUGCAGAUUAUGAAAGCAUCCACGAUCGGCUGCAGAUGGAAAGAGAAAUGCUCUUCAUACCGAGUAGGCAGACAGUACCUACAUAUAAAAAGCUUCCUGAGAAUGUACAGCCAAGAUUUCUGGAAGAUGAAGGCCUUUACACAGGGGUAAGACCAGAGGUGUCACGCACCAAUCAGAACAUCAUGGAGAACAGACUGCUGGUGCAGGACCCCGAAAGAAGAUGGUUUGGAGAUGAUGGCAGGAUCCUAGCUCUGCCAAACCCCAUCAAGCCAUUUCCUUCAAGGCCACAAGUCAAAACACAGGAGCUGAGCAUUAAGGCAGAGCUUGAAACAAUGUACAAAAAGGCAGUAAAAUAUGUUCACAGUAAUCAGCAUAUGAUCAGAUCUGGAGACCCUCCUGGAAAUUUCCAACUGGACAUUGAUAUUUCAGGGUUACUCUUCACUCAUCAUCCCUGUUUUAGCCGAGAGCAUGUUUUGGCAGCCAAGCUGGCCCAGUUAUAUGACCAGUACCUUGCAAGACACCAGAGAAACAAGGCAAAGUUUCUUACUGAUAAGCUCCAAGCUCUAAGAUAUGCUGUUCAGACUGGACUUGAUCCAGAGAAACCUCAUCAGUCUCUUGAUACCAUCCAAAAAACCAUCAAUGACUAUAAAUCUGAAAUUCGACAAACAAGAAAAUUGCGUGACGCUGAACAAGAAAAAGACCGGACAUUGCUUAAGACCAUCAUAAAAGUUUGGAAAGAGAUGAAAUCCCUUCGAGAGUUCCAGAGAUUUACGAAUACUCCCUUGAAACUUGUUUUGAAAAAGGAAAAAGUUGACCAGAAAGCAGAUGAAGAAGCAUAUGAAGUGGAAAUUCAAGUUGAAAUAAGUGAACUGUUGGAAGAGCACACGGAAGAGUACGCACAGAAGAUGGAAGAGUACAGAACAUCGUUGCAGCAGUGGAAGGCCUGGAGGAAAGCACAAAGGGCCAAGAAGAAGAAAAGAAAACAAGCAGCAGAAGAACAUCCCGAUGAUGAGACUGAGGAACCGUAUCCUGAGGAAGACCUUGUGAAACCUAUCCCUCCGGAGCCCAUUGAUCGAGCAGUGAUAGAGCAGGAGGUGAGGGAGAGAGCAACCCAGAGCAGGAGGAGGCCUGGGGAGCCCAUGCUGGUCCCAGAGCUAAGCCUGGCAGGGAGCAUAACACCCAACAACCAGUGCCCCAGAGCAGAGGUCUUGAGAAGGGAAGAUGUAAAGAAGCGCUCAUUGUACUUAAAAGUGCUCUUCAACAACAAGGAGGUGUCCAGGACAGUCACUCGGCCACUAGGAGCAGACUUCCGAGUUCACUUUGGACAGAUUUUCAAUUUGCAAAUAGUCAACUGGCCGGAGAGUUUGGCACUUCAGGUCUAUGAAACUAUUGGACAUAGUGGUCCCACCUUGCUAGCAGAAGUAUUUCUGCCUAUUCCUGAGACUACUGUUGUCACUGGAAGGGCUCCUAUUGAGGAAGUGGAGUUUAGCAGUAAUCAGCAUGUGACACUGGACCACGAGGGAGUUGGAAGUGGAGUGCCCUUCUCAUUUGAAGCUGACGGCAGUAACCAGCUGAUUCUGAUGACCUCAGGGAAAGUAUCUCAUAGUGUGGCAUGGGCCAUUGGAGAAAACGGGAUACCUUUAAUCCCUCCACUGUCACAGCAGAACAUUGGAUUUCGGAGUGCUUUGAAGAGAGCAGAUGCCAUCUCAUCUAUUGGCACAUCAGGACUAACGGACAUGAAAAAGUUGGCCAAGUGGGCAGCAGAGUCCAAGCUCGACCCAAAUGACCCCAACAAUGCCCCUUUGAUGCAGCUAAUCUCGGUUGCUACCAGUGGUGAAUCCUAUGUCCCUGAUUUCUUUAGACUGGAGCAGCUGCAACAGGAAUUUAACUUUGUUUCAGAUCAAGAAUUAAAUAGAUCCAAACGAUUCAGGCUUCUUCUUCUUAGAAGCCAAGAGGUGCCAGAAUUCCGAAAUUAUAAGCAAAUUCCAGUCUAUGACCGAGAAAUUAUGGAAAAGGUAUUUCAGGACUAUGAGAAACGGUUACGAGACAGAAAUGUAAUUGAAACCAAGGAACACAUAGACACCCACAGGGCCAUAGUAGCCAAGUACCUCCAGCAGGUUAGAGAAUCAGUGAUAAAUCGUUCCUUAAUUGCAAAACAGUAUUUUCUUCUUGCUGAUAUGAUAGUAGAAGAAGAAGUUCCCAAUAUCAGCAUUUUGGGCCUAAGCCUUUUCAAGCUGGCAGAACAAAAGCGACCACUGCGACCAAGGAGAAAAGGUCGGAAGAAGGUGACAGCCCAAAACCUGUCUGAUGGAGACAUAAAGCUGCUGGUGAACAUUGUCCGAGCUUAUGACAUUCCAGUGAGGAAACUGGCAGUGAGCAAAUUGCAGCAGCCAUCAAGGUCUUCGAGGAUGUUCAGUGAAAAGCGUGCUGCUUCCCCAAGCAUACACAGCCCAAACCACAAUGCUGACUACCCCCUUGGCCAGGUUUUAGUACGUCCUUUUGUAGAAGUCUCUUUUCAGCGAACAGUUUGCCAUACAACUACAGCUGAAGGACCAAACCCCAGCUGGAAUGAAGAACUUGAACUUCCAUUUAGGGCUCCUAAUGGAGAUUAUAGCACAGCCAGUCUGCAGUCAGUGAAAGACGUUGUGUUCAUUAACAUUUUUGAUGAAGUACUGCAUGAUGUCUUAGAGGAUGACCGUGAAAGAGGAAGUGGAAUCCAUACCCGUAUUGAGAGACACUGGCUGGGAUGUGUGAAAAUUCCAUUUAGCACAAUAUAUUUCCAAGCAAGGAUUGAUGGAACAUUUAAAAUAGAUAUUCCCCCAGUUCUUCUGGGCUACAGUAAGGAGCGAAAUACGAUUCUUGAGCGGGGUUUUGACUCUGUCCGAAACUUAAGUGAAGGUUCUUACAUCACUCUGUUUAUUACAAUUGAGCCCCAGCUGGUUCCUGGAGAGUCUGUUCAAGGAAAGAUGAGUAACAUGCUUAAGAAGUUUGAGUCUCAGGAAGAUGAGAAAUUACUUCAAGCAAGUGAGAAGUUUCAAGCAGAAUGUGCCUUCAAGUUCCCAAAUCGUCAGUGCCUUACAACAGUAAUUGAUAUAAAUGGAAAAACUGUUUUUAUCACACGUUAUCUCAAACCUUUAAACCCUCCUGAGGAGCUCCUUAAUGUCCACCCCAAUAAUCUACAAGCAACUGCAGAACUGGUGGCUCGAUAUGUGUCCUUGAUUCCCUUCUUGCCUGACACUGUCUCAUUUGCUGGUAUCUGUGACCUGUGGAGCACAUCUGAUCAAUUUCUUGAUCUCCUGGCAGGAGAUGAAGAAGAACAUGCAGUACUACUGUGUAAUUACUUUCUGUCUCUGGGUAAGAAGGCCUGGCUGGUGAUGGGCAAUGCUAUUCCUGAGGGUCCAACUGCCUAUGUGCUAACCUGGGAGCAAGGUCAUUAUUUAAUAUGGAAUCCCUGCAGUGGACAUUUUUAUGGACAAUUUGAUACAUUCUGUCCCUUGAAAAAUGUGGGCUGUUUAAUAGGUCCUGAUAAUGGGUCUACAAUGUCUGCAGCUUCGCUGACUGCCAGGGACUCUGAAGUUCAAAUUCAUCCAGACAGCCUACAAUUUUGUUUUUCAAAUCUGCCAACUCUGACCCCAAUGGCUUUUUUUUUAAAGAAACAGAAAGGGGGAGAGAAAACAGGAGUCUUGCUCUAUUGCCCAGACUGGAAUGCAAUCUAAAAAUCGGUAUUAAAAACCUCUUUUAUGCCAAUAAUUGUGCUUAACCGUGGAGACAGGAAGGAAUAAGGGAAGAAAAUAACAAACAGCCAACCAAUAUUUCGUUUAAGUCUGUGAAAUGCUAUGCAAAUACUGAAGAGUGAUUUACUUCCAAUUAUAUGGUCACUUUCAAAAUACGUGUAAUGUGAUACUGAGAAAAAUCUAUGUUCUGUGGACCUGGGGUGACGAAUUCUAUAAAUAUUCACUGAGUUUACUUGUUCCAGGUCUGAGUUCAAAUCAUAGAUGUCCCUGUUAAUUUUCUAUCCCGUUGAUCUGUCAAAUAUUAACAAUGUGGUGUCAAAAUCUCCUACUAUUAUUGUGUGGGAGUCCAAGUCUCUUUAUAAGUCAUUAAGAGCUUGUCUUAUAUAUUUGGGUGUUCCUAUAUUGGGUGCAUAUAUAUUUAUGAUCAUUGACUCCUGUUGUUGCAUCGAUCCUUUCACCAUUAUGUAAUGUCCUUGUUUCUUUUAGUCUUUGUUACUAUUAAAGUCUAUUUUGUCAAGAGAUGAAAGUUACAACUCCUGGUUUUUUUUUUCUUUCUUUCUUUUUCUUUUUUUUCUCUCCAUUUGAUUGGUAAGUGUUCCACCAAAGCUUUGUUUUGAGUCUGUGUGUUGUUGCUUAUGAGAUGGAUCUGGAUGCAGUGUAGCGAUGGGUUUUGACUUUUUAUUCAAUUUGCCUGUCUGUGUCUUUGAAUGGGGCAUUUAAUCCAUUUAAAUUUAGGAUUAAUAUUAAUAUUUGUGAGUUUAAUAUUGUCAUUUAAUGCUAGCCGGCCAUUUUGCCCAUUAGUUGAUAUAGAUUCUUUAUUAUGGAGAUACUCUUUACCUUUUGGUAAGUUUUUGGGAUGACUGAUACUGGUUGUUCCUUUCUGUGUGUAGUGCUUUUUUUUCAGAAGCUCUUGUAAAGCAGGCCUGGUGGUGAUGAAAUCUCUGAGUGCUUGCUUGUUCGUGAAAAAUUUUAUUUUUCCUUCAUUUAUGAAGCCUAAUUUGGCUGGAUAUGAUAUUCUGGGUUGAAAAUUCUUUUCUUUGAGGAUAUUGAAUAUUGACCCCCACUCUCUUCUAGUUUGUAGGGUUUCUGCUGAGAGAUCUGCUGUGAGUCUGAUAGGCUUCCCUUUAUGGGUAACCUGACCUUUCUCUCUAGCUGCCUUUAAAAUUUUCUCCUUUAUUUCAACCCUGGUGAAUCUAAUGAUUAUGUGUCUUGGGGUUGCUCUACUUGAGGAAUAUCUUUGUGGUGUUCUCUGUAUUACCUGGAGUUGAAUAUUGUCCUGCCUUACUAGGUUAGGAAAGUUUUCCUGAAUAAUAUCCUGAAGAAUAUUUUCCAGCUUGGAUUCAUUCUCUUCAUGACAUUCAGGUACACCUAUCAAACGUAAAUUAGGUCUUUUCACAUAGUCCCAUAUUUCUUGGGAGACUUUGCUCAUUCCUUUUUACUCUUCUCUAUCUUGUCUUCUCAUUUCAUUAAAUUUGUCUUCAACCUCUAAUAUCCUUUCUUCUGCUUGAUCAACUCGACUGUUAAAACCUGUGCAUAGUUCGCAGAGUUCUCGUAUUGUAUCCUUCAGUUCCAUUAAUUCACUUAUAUUCCUCUCUAGAUUGUCUAUUCUCAUUAGGAUUUCAUCAAACCUUUUUUCAAGGUUCUUAGUUUCUUUACAUUGGGCUAGAACAUAUUCUUUUAACUCACAGAAGUUUCUUAUUAUCCACCUUCUGAAGCCUAAUUCUGUUAAUGGAAUGCACUCAUUCUCUAUCAGGCCUUCUUCCCUUGUUGAUGAGGAACUGUGAUCCCCUGUAGAGGGAGAGGCAUUCUGAUUUUGGGUAUUCUCAGCUUUUUUAUGCUGGUUUAUUCCCAUAAUUGUAAAUUUAUCCACCUGUCAUCUUUGUAAUUACUGACUUUCAAAUUAGGUCUCUGAGUGGACGUCCAACUUGUUGAUUCCCAGUGCCGGAAUCUGAGCAACCCACUGCACCAGCUAAAACAGCUGCAUUAAGAUUCGUUGUGCUUUUCUACCCGGGAAUCUCCGGUCUGGCUUCCUUCUUGAGUCCCUUUUUCAAUCAACUGAAUAGGCAACUCUGCCUUCCCAGAGCUCCAAAUGUCAACCAAAAGGGGAUCCAGUCCCGUUUACUCUGCACCAAGAUCCACCAUGCCGAGAUACCAGCCACAAGAGUUGUGCUGGCGACCUGUGGAGCUCCUGCACUAGGAAUGUCCUGGUCCAUGAGCAACAAAAAUUCAUCUGAAAGUGUGGCGUCCUCUUGUUCUCUGCGCUUUCACUGGGAGCUACAAUCCUGAGCUGCUAGUAAUCAGCCAUCUUGAAUCUCUCUCCUCUUUCUUUUUUCAAGGGAGAUUCCUAGGUAUCACCUGACCUGUAAUAUCCCCAGGUAAUUCUGGUUGCAGCCAGUUUUAAGGGCUGUUUGAUUUCAUUGUAAAGGGUACUAAUUAAAGUAGUGGUUAAAAAUAUAAGUUAUGGAGCCAGGCACGGUGGCUCAUGCCGGUAGCACUUUGGGAGGCUAAGGUGGAUGGAUCACCUGAGGUCAGGAAUUCGAGACCAGCUUGGGCAACAUGGAGAACCCCAUCACUACUAAAACUACAAAAAUUAGCUGGUAUGCCUCUGUAAUCCAAGCUACUUGGGAGGCUGAGGGAGAAGAAUUGAUUGAACCCAGGAGGUGGGGGUUGCAGUGAGCUGAGAUGUUGCCACUGCAUUCCAUUCUGGGCAACAGAGCAAGACUCGGUCUCAAAAAAAAAAAAAAAGAAAAAGAAAAAACGAGUUAUGGGAUCAGACUGCCUCAGUUUAAACUCCAAUUUUAUCAUUUACUAUAGUUCUGUGAGCUCGGGAAAGUCAGUCUCUUACAGCUUCAGCUUCUUCAUUGGUAAAAUAAAGAUAAUAGUAAAGUCAUUACUUUAUAGAGUAGUUGUGAGAAGUGAAUGAGCUAAUUAACGUUAAGUACCUAACAGGGUAACAACUCUUCAAUUAUUUUUAAUUAUUAUUUCUUAUAGAGUAGUUAUGAGAAGUGAAUGAAAAAAUUAAUGUUAAGCACCUAACAGAGUAACAACUCUUUAUUUUUAAUUAUUUUUUUUGAGAUAGAGUCUCAAUCUGUUGCCUAGGCUGGAGUGCAGUGGUGCCAUCUCGGCUCACUGCAACCACCACAUCCUGCGUUCAAGUGAUUCUCCUGCCUCAGCCUCCUGAGUAGCUUGGACCACAGGCACGUGCCACCAUGUCCGGGUAAUUUUUGUUUUUUUUAGUAGAGAUGGGGUUUCACCAUGUUGGCCAGGCACAUCACGAAUUCCUGUCCUCAAGUGAUUCACCUGUCUUGGCCUCCCAAAGUGCUGGGAUUACAGACGUGAGCCACUGCACUCAGCAAAUUAUUGAAUGAUUGUUUUCAUAAUCAUUUACUUUAGCAGUCUCUGAACUUUGUGCUUCUGUCUAUAAAAACUGUUUGUACAUGCAUCCCAACAUGUAUAUGUGUAUGUGUAUGUGUGUGUGUGUGUGUGUGUGUGUGUGUGUGUAUAUUUUUUUUUUUGAGACGGAGUUUCGCUGUUGUUACCCAGACUGGAGUGCAAUGGCACGAUCUUAGCUCACUGCAACCUCCGCCUCCCAGGUUCAAGCAAUUCUCCUGCCUCAGCCUCCCGAGUAGCUGGGACUACAGGCACGUACCACCAUGCCCAGCUAAUUUUUGUAUUUUUAGUAGAGAAGGGGUUUCACCUUGUUGACCAGGAUGGUCUCGAUCUCUUGACCUCGUGAUCCACCUGCCUUGGCCUCCCAAAGUGCUGGGAUUAUAGGCAUAAGCCACUGUGCCUGGCCCCAGCAUGUAUAUUUUUAUGAAUUUUAUUUAUUUUUGUACCAAUGUUAUUUAAGUUAUACCAAAAACUACUUUAAACAUAAAAAGAAAUAAUUAGAACAUCUAAUUUUUUCUUUCCAUACUCCUGGGUUAUGCACCCUUCUCUGAAGAGCAUCAGUCCAUUUUUUCAGAGUAACUGCUAAAAUUUAGAGCUAAUAUAUUUCAAGCACCCAGCAAAACAUCUAUGCUUCCUAAGUGUUCAGCAAAUGGCAACUACAGCACUAUUAAUUACAAAUGUAAAGAGCAAUGUGGAACAUUGUUCCUAUGUUAAUUAUUAUUUUUAAUUAAAGUCAUUAUCAUAAUCAAAAGUGAUCUGCUAAGCCUCAUCUACAUUUAGAGGAUCAUUUUAAGGUCAUUAAUAAUCAAGUAGGUUUAAUAGGCACUGGAAAAGCCUUCAAGUAAUUCCAUUAUCUGUAAAAAUUAUUACCGGCACUCAAAACAAUUACUGUAUGGUUGACUAAUUCUGAUAAAGCUAAAGUUUUGUGAGGAUGAAAGAACACUCUUUUCUCCUCUUCUCUGAGAUGGGUAAUAGAGGCUUAUGAUGGUGUGCAACCCCUAUCAAAGCUCUUCUAAACCUGCUCUAAGCCUUGGCCACUCAGCAGAGGACCUCCUCCUGGCUUUGUUGGCCUGGCAUUUUGAAACCUCGGCUGCUCUCUACUCUACCACACAACUUCUCUAGAAGUCUUUCUCCUCCUGUCAUUCCUUUUCCAAGAAAUAAGUCUCUUCCUUUUCCCCUGUACUUGUUUCCAUUCCCAUUCCAUGCUCCACUAAUCCAUCCAAAUAGCUCCUCUAUUUUUUCUCUCUCCUUCUCUAUCUAUUGAUAUGCUCAGGGGUACAACAAUUCUGAAAUACACUUUUCCCAACCUGGCUGCACCCAAAACUACAUUGCCUCUCUUUCCUUUCCUCCCCAAGUUCUUCAAAUACUAGUUGUAUCUCUUGCUUUCACUUUCUGAGCACACUCAGACCUUAACCUACUAUAAUCUAGCUCUCCUUUCCUGACCAUACUGCAGAAAUUAAACUCUGAGAAGCACCAUUGUCUUACUAUCGAAUAAAUAUAUCCAAUGGCUUCUUCUCAUUUUCACUCCUCUCCUUUUCUGUCAAUUGACACAAAACUCAUGACUAAUUUUCUUCACAAAAAAACACUUUCUUCGUCCAUAGUUUACUGAUAAAGGAAAUUUGGUCUUCAUCACUACAGUUGUUUCUUAGGUUUCUUUCACUGGCUCUUCUUCCAAACCCUUAAAAAUGGAAGUUUCUAAAGACUCUAUAUUUAGAUUUCUUCUAGGGCCACACCUAUUAUUAUUAAUUGUGACUUUAUGUAGUCUAUCCUGGUAGAGAAGUCAUAAUUCUGUAGCCAGUCUCAGAAACUUUGUCUUGAAUUUUCAACUGUUUACUAGACACCCAGGUGUUUUAUCAAAAUCCCAAACACAGCAUAUGCAAAACUCAAAUCAUUUCCCCCAAAACCAACUCCCCUUCCUGGCUUCCUAUUUCUAUGGAUAUGACUUACCCUGAUUUAAACCCUAGAAUUGUUCUUGAGUUCCCCUCUCUCUUAAACUUCAUUCUACUUCAAUCUUAAAUUAUAAAUGUAAAAUCAUACAGAUGCUAUCUCGGCUAAUUCCCACGUCAUGCCAUUAUUGUUUUGCCCUGCAUUUCUAUAAAUGACCAACUAAAUAGUAUCCCCAAUUGAGUUCACUUUUUGAUACAAUGAUGCCUGAUUAAGCUUCUUAAUGUCCAGCUUUCAUCAUCUGCUGACUCAGAAAGUAUUAGGGAGACUUCACUGCACAGACUUAAGAGUAAACUUUACACCCUGGAUUUCAAAGCCCUAAAAAUGCAAUUUCCGACUACUUUUCUAAACAUACCCUACUCUAUACCAAAUUGUAUUUCUUUUUUUUUUUUUGAGACCGAGUUUUGCUCGUUACCCAGGCUGGAGUGCAAUAGCAUGAUCUCGGCUCACCGCAACCUCCGCCUCCUGGGUUCAGGCAAUUCUCUUGCCUCAGCCUCCUGAGUAGCUGGGAUUACAGGCAUGCGCUAUGAUGCCCAGGUAAUUUUUUGUAUUUUAGUAGAGACGGGGUUUCACCAUGUUGACCAGGAUGAUCUUGAUCUCUUGACCUCGUGAUCCACCCGCCUUGGCCUCCCAAAGUGCUGGGAUUACAGGCAUGAGCCACCGUACCCAGCCCAAAUUGUAGUUCUUAAAAAUCUUAUCUUAAGCCAAUUUUCUGAUUUGGAUUCCAAGUCAAGUCCUCCUACCUUAUUAGCUUCUACUUCUCUAUACUCUUUCUUGAUCUCUUGACCUCAUGAUCCACCCGCCUUGGCCUCCCAAAGUGCUGGGAUUACAGGCAUGAGCCACCGUGCCCAGCCCAAAUUGUAGUUCUUAAAAAUCUUAUCUUAAGCCAAUUUUCUGAUUUGGAUUCCAAGUCAAGUCCUCCUACCUUAUUAGCUUCUACUUCUCUAUACUCUUUGCCACUUUUUCUAUAUUCUCCAAAUUUGAAACAUUCGAGAUCCUCAAAAUUCAAAUCUCUUUUCUAGCUAUACUUCCUCCCAGAGAACACCAUAUAUAUGCCAAUGAUUCCCAAGUUUAUACCUCUAGCUCACCUAGCUCCCUAGAACUUUAGACUCAAAUAUCCUAUCGCCUACUCAUCAUCUUCAUUUGGAUGUCAGACAGACAUCUCAAACUUCAGAUGCCCAAACUUGAACUCCUGAUUCCCCUUUGCAGUCUUUCCCAUCUCAAUAAAUGUCAAUUCCAUCAGUCCAAUUAUUAAGGCCAACAUCCUUAGUCACCUUUGAUUUCUCUCUCUCUUACAUCCAAACCAUCACCAAAUCCUACUGGCUCUACCUUCACAGUAUACCCAGAGUCCAACCACAUCUAUCCACUUUUACUGCUACCAUGUUUGUUGAAGUCCCUGUACCUCUCACCUAGAUUAUUCAAAAUAAGCAUCCUAACUGAAUGCUUCACCAUUUGACCCUACCUUCUUUUAUCUAGUCUCAAAACAGCAAAGAAAAUUCCUGUUAAAAUGAAAGACAACUUAUGCCAUUCCUCUACCCAGUAGAUACUCCAAUGACUUCCUAUCUCACUUGAGUCACAGCCUAAAUCUUCAAAAUGGCCCACCUCCAUGAUCUGACACCCACCCUACCCACCUCUCUCCCACUUCCUCUGAUAAUGUCAUCUCUUACUUGCUCUCCUCAGCUUGCUCAUUAUUUCAAAGUACUUCAUAUUCCUUGCUAUUCCUCAAACAUACCAAAGCACACUUUACAUUUGCUGUUUCCUACGCAUAAAUGACCACUGCCCCUUACUGGAUAUCAUCAUAGAUUUCUCCCUCACUUCUUGCAUUUCUGAUUAAGUCAUUUUUCCAGUUAGAACUUCCCUGCCUGCCUUAAAAUGUUCCAUUUUUGUUUUCUCCAUAGCCCUUGCACAAUUAACUAUUGCCACAAUAAAGAUAGUAAAAACUCACCCCCAAAUUAAAUGGCUUCAAACAUUUAUUCUCAGGGAUCUGUGAGUCAGCUGGGGAGGUUCUGCUAAUCGAGGCUGAGCAACUCCCUGCAAGUUGUGUUGCAAGACAAGCUCUGCUUCUCACAGUAGAUCUGUGAAUGAACUGGGACAGCUCAGCUUCAUGUGUGUUUAUUCUGGGAUGCGGGGCAAUGACAAUGGCAGAGGCACAAAAGAACAAGCAGAAACACACAAAGCCUCUUAAGCAUAGACUCAGAAGCCAUACAAUGACUUCUUUCCCAGUCCAUUGGCCACAAGUCAAGGAAUGCAAAAGUGUAUCUCUUCUCUUUUAGUGGAAGGAACUGCAAAGUAAUGUGAGAAAAGGUAUGCAUAUAGAAAGGAGUGCAGAAUUGGGGCUAAUAAUACAAUUUACCACAUCAUAGCAUCAUCUGACAUCCCAUGUUUUUACUUGUUUUUUGUUGCUGUUGUUUUAGACAGGCUCUUGCUCCGUCAUCCAGGCUGGAGUGCACUGGUGUGACCACAGUUCACUGGAGCCUUGAAAUCCUGGGCUCAUGCAAUCCUCCCACCUCAGCCUCUCAAGCAUCUAAGACUAUAAGCAUGCACCACUACACCUGGCUACUUCUUUUAAAAAAAGUUUUUUUCAGAGAUGGGGGUCUCACUAUGUUUUCCAGACUGGUCUUGAACUACUGGCUUCAGGUUAUCCUUCUACUUUGGCUUCCCAAAGUCCUGGGAUUAUGAGUGUGAGCCUCAGUGCCUGCCUAUUUACUUAUUUAUUUGCUAUCUUUUCUUACUAGAUACUUCAUAAGGGUAGAAACUCUGUUUCAUUCACUACUUUAUCCCCAGUAUUUAGAACUGAGCCUGAACCUAGAAGGUAGUUGAUAAGUAUACUGAAUGGACAAAUUCAUGUACAUAGUUAUUCAGUAUGGCCACUGUAUGUCAGGAGCUAUGCUAGGUGCUAAAGAUACAAUGGUAAAUAAGGCACAUAGUGAAUGUCCUCAGGACAAAGUCUGAUAGCCUAGUGUGGACACGAAUAGACAGACAAUUAUAAACAAUGCUAAUAAUCAUUUUCAAAUAGCUAACAAUUAUUGAGCAUUUACUACAUUCCAGGCAUUUUUCUAAGAGGUACAGAUUAAUUAAUUUACUGAACCAACUCAACCUUAUGAGGUAAAUACUAUUAUUAUCCCACUUUUAUAGAGAAGGAAACUGAGGCACACGUUACAUAAAUCAAGGUCACACAAGUAGGAAAUGUUGGAGUCAAAAUUCAAAUGAUAGUGGUCUGGUUCCAGAACCAACAUGCUACGCUGCCUCACCAAGACAAGGGCUAUCUCAGAGACUGCAGGUUGCUCUGGAUGCAAAGAGAUGAAUGGACGGACACUCUAUUCAAUUAGGAGGCUGGGAAGAGAAGGGUCAAGAAAAUCUAGCCUAAGAAAGAAGUGGCUUUGGUUUUCAUAAUAAAAAACAACCUCACUUUAUCAAAUCUACAGUCAACACUAAGGUGCACCCCAACGUCAGAUAAAAAAUGUGAAAAAAUGGCCAGUGACAACUGUAUAAUGCCACUGAUUCUAAAAUGCACAAUUUUUAGAAUAAAAAAAUGACAAAGUGUGCAACCUGUAUGAACACUUGCUAUCUGCUGCCUCUAUAUACCACACAUACAUGCACACACAUAAGUGUAUGUAUAUAUGCUAACAUAUAUGCUAAUGUAGUCUUGUCUU